CCGUGCACAAAAGUUGCUUUCAAGCCAAUACGAGAAAUUGGUCACAAUAAUUCGCCAAAACUAAUAUCGUCUAAACAAAUUGUGCGCGCGCGCAUCUGAUUAACGAAUAAAGAAGCAGUUUUUGCCACCACCGUCGCCGCUAACGCUUUUACAGCUACGCAUUGUUAUUAGAGUGAAGUUGUCGUGCAUCGAGAAAACGCUUUUCUUCAGCUGAAUUGCCCACAAUACUAGCGCUUGGUGGAUUCUUCAUCCACUUGCAAAUCUUCUAGUCUACUUGCUUCACUUUUUUUCUUUUCCGCUCUGCUUUCGCUUUGUUUUGGAACCGCGACUACUGGCUGCCUAACCGGUGAAUGAAAUUAAAAGAAUUCUUUCGCUGCUGUCGCCUACGCCGUCGCCGCCGCCAUUGCAUUUGCCGCUUCUCGUUUCAAACACGUUGAUUUUGUUGCAUUGCAUUGCGUUACUUGUGUAUUCGAUUCGUUUUGAUUUGCUGAUCUUUUGUUCGCGCAACUACGUGUAGCUUUGUGUCUCUUAAUCAACGUCUGUCGGUGAAAACCAUAGCCAAAAUAACUAUUAAUUAUCGCAAAGAAAAUAACUCAAAGCUUGCUUAAGACGGUGCUGUGCUUACGAGUAUAAUAUUGUAUAAAGAGCAAAAAUAACAUUGAGUGCUUCAUACAAAAAAUGGUAAAACAAAACCAUCUAACAAAAGCUAAAACAACAAAAAAGAACAGUUACUUCUAAUGAAAACUCAGACCAAAUGAGAUUUGCCUGAUACGAUUACGACUGUUGCGUACACCUGCAGUAACCAAAAGCAAAACCAACAAACUCUAUAAAUAUAACUACCAACAGCCCACACGCUUUCCUUAUUGCUGCUAAAAAUAGAAGCACAACACAACAAAAAGUCAACACGCAAACAAAAUUUUUAAUACUUUUGUUGAAUAAACAUUUUUUGUCUUAAUUUGACUUUAACUAUAUACAACAAUUUGCGCCUGAGUUGGAAGAACGGAAUUUGUAAACCUCACAAGUACAUCCGUGCUUGAUUAAACACCACCGUAUAAACCUUUUUCGGUACAUUACAAAAGCGUUUUAGCGCUUACACGCCAUAAUUCUCUUUCACCAAUAAUUCUUCUACUGCGCAACAGUUUUAUGAGUAAUAGCGCCAUGGUUGCAGUCGCCAUUUGUUGCAUACUGGUCCUGCUGGCCGUCUUCAUUGUGAUCAUCAUAGUCGUUGGUCAGACGAUGGGUGAGCCUAAGUGAGAUAAACUUCAACUGGGACCCGGAAACUUCCCAGAUGGAUAACAAAGGCCCUCGACGAAUUGUUAGUUGUUACCGAAUAUCAAAAUUGAAUUAUUGACCACAGCAAACGAGUUCACAUCAAUAUUGUUAAAUGACAUAGAGAUCGCCAUCGAUGACCGACGAGUGCCAUUGAUGCCCCCAUUUGUCAGACAGCGCCGUAGGCAACAACAAAAACAUCAACAUCAAACUGGUUUGGAACAUAAUUUUUCACAAAUUAAUCAUCAAAAGCCAUACACAACAGUUGCACCAAACGAAUCAUUGUUGUCAACAACAUCAACCAGCAGCAUCCACACGAACACCAUUUACGCACAAUCGGAUCCAUCGUCAGAAAAAAAAAUUGGCUGUGAAGUGGAACUAAAGAGACAUAUGAAAUUUUGGAACAAUUUGGAAACUAAAAAAUGAAGAAGAAAAAAAUUAAGAAAAAAAAAAUGUAUAUCACAAAAAUUCAAGAAUCGGCAAUUAAAUUCAGUACACUAAAAACAAUCAAUUUAAUCAACAGCAACUACAACAUGUUACAACAUAAAUUGCGUUAGCAACAUUAAAUAAGCUCUAACCUACAAUUCAUUAAAUAACAAAUGUGCAUAUUUGUCAAUAUUAUAUUAGUAAAAGAAAUUAAAUGACUGUAGUGUUUUUGAUAACAGUGUUAGAAUUUCGAUGUUUAUACAAACAAAAAAUUGACCACAAGGGUGUGUAAUAUGCAUGUAGUUUUUAGAAUGGUUGCAUUUUUAGGCCUCGAAAUGAAGCAGAAGCCAAAAGCUGUGCGGCAACUUUUUGUAGCAAAACCCUUCAAGCACUCAUUGGCGCUAAAGCCAAUAUCGAUGAGCAAUAAGUAAUUUAGCCACCUCAGAGCAAAGUAAUGUAAAAACAACACCAAAGCAAAUUUUUACUAAAAAUUAAAGAUAUACGCUAGAAAAUGUGCGUCAACGCUAAAAUUAAUGGACUGACAGCUGAUGGGCGGUUGCAUCUGGGCAGCGUCUACUACAAAAGAAAACGCAAAAAACUUCAAGAGUGCGCUAAAAGCAAUGAUACUGCGCUGGUACCUAUUUUCUACAAAGCUGAAUGACUUCUUAGCUUAUCUUCCAUAGAAACAUGAUCUUGCAUGAAUAAAUCAACUUCUUAAAUGUCACCAGCGAAUGUCGCUUCCACUUCAUUGAAAACCAAAAUAUAAUAAAUCUUUAAUAUUACAAAAACGUCGUUUUUGCGAAACUAGCAAACAAAAAUAUUCAUAUUUCCAAAUGCAAAGUGAAAUUAUUUAAUUUGUUAAAGUACUUUCCCAGCGUUUUUUUUUCGAAUUUCAAUUAUAAGCAGUAAAGUGUUUUAAAUUCUCAAAUUCCUAAGCAAAUUGAAAAUAUAAACAAAGUCAAAUCAUAUCAGUUGUAACGAUGAAUUUCCCAGCUCAGCAACAAUAAAAAAUAUAAAGAGAAGUUUAAAAAAAGUAUAACAAUUAAAACGUCAAAAAAAUCUAGAAAUGAAGGAAACUCCGUGCACGAUUCACUUGUUAACAGAAGCAAUUUUUCGGUUUUCAAAAAAAAAAAAAAACACACACAGCAAUCUUAAAUGAAGCAAAC